UGUGUAAUGUAGACUCACACGUAUUCAAACUUCAUUUAGAGCGCGCUGGCACCGAGACCAGAAAGAUCAAAUUUUAGUUAAGUAACGUGUAGCAGAAAUGAAGUCAGGCCUUUUUGCUAUCACUUUGGUGUUGUGUGUUAACGCAGGGGCACUGGCGUUCUCCUCCUGCCUACACUCCAGGAGUGUCUGUCUUCUUCCGAUGGAUCAAGGUCCGUGCAGACUCUAUAUCCCAAGAUAUUACUUUGAUCAGGCUAGUGGACAGUGCAAGCAAUUCAUUUAUGGCGGUUGCCAAGGAAACGAAAACAGCUUUCCCACGCUGAAGGAAUGUCAAAAAACAUGUAGAUGUUAUUUACCCAAAGUCACUGGCCCGUGCAAGGCAUAUUUUCCGAAAUAUUAUUUCGACCACAAAUCUGGAAAGUGCGAAAAGUUUAUCUACGGUGGUUGCAUGGGAAAUGGAAACAGUUUUAAAAUCUUCACCGACUGCAACAGAACGUGUGCAUGCAGUCAGCUCGACGCCAUGGACCCAUUAUGCUAUCUACCAAAAAGAGUGGGACCUUGCAGGGCGCGCAUGCCUCGGUAUUUCUUCAACAUAACUACUUGGAAAUGUGAGCUUUUUUAUUACGGUGGUUGUCUUGGUAACCAGAACAACUUCUGGCCACGUGAGAAAUGCAGCAACAAGUGUGUUUAUUCUCCAAUGAAAGUGUGAAUCAACCAACUGCGGUUUGGCCAGUUAGGAAGUUAAGGGUUCUCUCACAGCAACAAAAUUAUGAUGUAUUCAAACUUGCAUGUCUCGCUAUGAGACCAAGAUAAAAAAAAAAAUAAUAAUAAUAAAAAAAAAAAGAAAAAUACCAUUGAGAAGUAAUAAUUAUGUUAAAGUAAUAAUAAUCAUCUGGUUGCUUCGUAGACAUAAUAUCAUAACAUUGUAUUAAAACAUUUUUGAUAUAGCACUGAAAUAAAACAUGAAAAACGG